ACUGUACAGUAACCCCACCUUGCCCCAGCAUCCAAAAGCUGCAUGACAAUUUGACAGAACGACCAUUGAAUUGAGUCUCGCCGUGCUUUCCUCUUUUGGUUCAAGCUCUCACUCAGCUUCCUACUUCUACUUCUUGAAUUUAUUGUGAUUUACAGCCCUCUCCGUUGUUUCUUACUUCAUUCACAGCCUCUGCCGCCCAUUAUUCAAUAACCAUCCACAAUCUACAACCCCUCCUUCAUCAAUCAAUCAAGCUACCAACCAUGCCCCAGGUAACAGAAAUCGCCUACCUAACCCUCAAACCCGACAUCGACCUCACAGGCACCUCCCCCACUGCGACCGCCUGGCAAGAAACCCUCUCUACCAUCCGUCAACAAACCGGUUUCCAGCGCUUGCACUGGGGCCUCACGCUCGAGUCUCCCGAGCUGCUCAUCCUUAUGAUCGACUGGACAUCCCUCGAAAACCACAAAUCCUUCACCUCCUCCCCCACCUACGGCCCCUUCCUCAAAAACCUCUCACCUCUGCUCGACGACGAAAACAAACCAGUACACCUCCACCACUUCACGCCCACCCCUUCUCCGCCCACCAUCCUGGGUUCCGCGCCCGUGGUCGAAUUCGCGACGUUCUACGACCCGGACCCCUCUUUCGCUGAUUCGCUGGGGGAAUUUCUUACGAUUGCGGAGAAGGGGGAGGGGGUUGUGGGGUGGGCGAGGGGAGGGGUUGUUGAGGGGGUUAGGAGGCAUGAUGGGAAGGGGAAGGGAGAGGAAGGGAAGGCGUAUGUUUUCUUGGUCGGGUGGGAGAGUGUCGAGAUGCAUAUGAAGUUUAGGGAGACGGGGGCGUUUAGGGAGAAUGUGGGCUUGAUAAGGGGGAAUCAUGGGGGGGUUGAGAUGUUUCAUGUUAAGUUUACGGCUGGGUAGGAGGGUAUUGUGGUGGAAUACGGUGUCCUCGGUCUUGGGUGCUCUCUGGCUUGUGGGGGGUAAUACACUGAGGCUGGUAUGAAUCUUUUUAAGCUUCACUGGUCACAUCUUAGUGGCGUUUUGUCGAUUGUGUCCGAAUUAUGUCCCGAUUAGCAUAUAACACAACGCAAGGACAGAGACAGGUCAGAAAAGUGGCUCUAGAGCGGCAAUCUUUGACAUAUCCUUGGUUUGCCUUGGAAUUCGCAACUAGAUAGAAAGGACACAUUGCUCUCUAAUGGUAAUCUUCUUUUCUAGAGUGCCUGAUGUUCUCAAGUUCGGAGUCACCAAUGUUGCUAUGGAGAAUAGGCUAUAGUCCUAUUAACUUGAUGGAAUUCAACCUUCUUCAUAGACUUUCAUACUAUAAGCUCAGGAG